AUGGAUCUCCUGCAAACAGUGCGCAAAGAAGGCUCACGAGGCGGCCGCAACGAAUUCUCCUGGCAAGAUGUUCAAAACGAUCCACACCGCCAAAACUACCUCGGUCACUCCCUCAUGGCGCCCGUCGGCCGCUGGCAAAAAGGAAAGGACCUGAGCUGGUACGCAAAAGGCGAGAAUGGCGAAGAACUAGACGAAGCUGCACAAAGACGAGAAGAAUUGAGGAAGAUCAAGCAACAAGAGGAGGAUGAGAUGUUGAAGGCCAUGGGACUGCCUGUGCCGGACAGAGACAAUGCAAACCUCGAGCCCGUGGCGCUGCGGCCAGGUAUCGGAGCGCAAGCCAAUUCUGCUGCAGAGCCAGACAGGCGAGAAAGAAGCAGGAGAGUCGUGAGAGAAGACACAAGAGACGGUCACGUUCAAGAGAUGGUGACAAAGACAGACGACACAGACACAGACGAGACGAUCGCGACCGCAGACUCGACGAGGCAGAGCCUAGGAAACAUCACAGCCGUCGCGAGCGCUCAAGGUCGAGAUCCGUGGAGCGCAGAAGACAUCGGAGUCGCUCGCCGAGGGACAGAAGAGAGAGGGAUGGCGACAAGCGCAGGCGUCAUGAUUGAAUCACAACACCGACACAACAAUACCACCGUGGAGAGACGGGGAGAUGAGGACCAGGGAGACCCGGGAGAGUAA